AUGCCUCGCUUCGCCAGCCGCGAGGGCGCGUCCAAGCCCUUCACUUGGACCACCGUGUUCUACCUUCUUCUUGUUUUGAUUGCGCCCCUGGCCCUGUUUGGCACCACUGCCCAGGCCCAAGAGGAUUCUGUCGAGAACUAUGGCACCGUUAUUGGUAUUGAUUUGGGAACCACCUACUCUUGUGUUGGUGUGAUGCAGAAUGGCAAGGUCGAGAUUCUCGUCAACGACCAAGGAAACCGUAUCACUCCCUCUUACGUCGCUUUCACCGAUGAGGAGCGCCUCGUUGGUGACGCCGCCAAGAACCAAUACGCCGCCAACCCUACCCGGACUGUCUUUGACGUCAAGCGCCUGAUCGGUCGCAAGUUUGAUGACAAGGAUACACAGAAGGACGCCAAGAACUUCCCCUUCAAGGUUGUCAACAAGGAUGGCAAGCCUCACGUCAAGGUCGAGGUCAACAAGUCCAACAAGACCUUCACCCCCGAGGAAAUCUCCGCCAUGAUCCUGGGCAAGAUGAAGGAGAUCGCUGAGAGCUACCUCGGUAAGACUGUUACCCACGCCGUUGUUACCGUUCCCGCCUACUUCAACGACGCCCAGCGUCAGGCCACCAAGGAUGCCGGUACCAUCGCCGGUCUUAAUGUCCUCCGCGUCGUCAACGAGCCCACCGCGGCCGCUAUUGCCUACGGUCUGGACAAGUCUGGUGACGAGCGCCAGGUCAUUGUUUACGAUCUUGGUGGUGGUACUUUCGAUGUUUCCCUUCUGUCGAUCGACAACGGAGUCUUUGAGGUUCUGGCUACCGCUGGUGACACCCACCUGGGUGGUGAGGACUUUGACCACCGUGUCAUGGACUACUUCGUGAAGCAGUACAACAAGAAGAACAACGCCGAUGUUACCAAGGACCUCAAGGCCAUGGGUAAGCUGAAGCGUGAGGUCGAGAAGGCCAAGCGUACUCUGUCUUCCCAGAUGUCCACUCGCAUUGAGAUCGAAGCCUUCCACAACGGCGAGGACUUCUCGGAGACCCUGACCCGCGCUAAGUUUGAGGAGUUGAACAUGGAUCUGUUCAAGAAGACCCUCAAGCCCGUCGAGCAGGUGCUUAAGGACUCCAAGGUCAAGAAGAACGAGAUUGACGACAUUGUUCUCGUUGGCGGUUCUACCCGUAUCCCCAAGGUUCAGUCUCUUCUUGAGGAGUUCUUCGGUGGCAAGAAGGCCAGCAAGGGUAUUAACCCCGACGAGGCCGUUGCCUUCGGUGCCGCUGUUCAGGGUGGUAUUCUCUCCGGCGAGGAAGGUACUGGUGACCUUGUUCUCAUGGAUGUCAACCCCCUCACCAUGGGUAUUGAGACCACUGGCGGUGUGAUGACCAAGCUCAUCCCCCGUAACACUGUCAUCCCCACCCGCAAGUCGCAGAUCUUCUCCACUGCGGCUGACAACCAGCCCACCGUGUUGAUCCAGGUGUUCGAGGGUGAGCGCUCGAUGACCAAGGACAACAACCAGCUCGGCAGGUUCGAGCUGACUGGGAUUCCCCCGCUCCUCGCGAUUGAGGUCGCUUUCGACCUGGACGCCAACGGUAUCCUCAAGGUCAGCGCCAGCGAUAAGGGCACCGGCAAGGCCGAGUCUAUCACCAUUACCAACGACAAGGGUCGUCUGUCCCAGGAGGAGAUUGACCGCAUGGUCGCCGAGGCUGAGGAGUACGCCGAGGAGGACAAGGCCAUGAAGACCAAGAUCGAGGCCCGUAACGGCCUUGAGAACUACGCCUUCAGCCUGAAGAACCAGGUCAACGACGAGAACGGCCUGGGUGGCCAGAUCGACGAGGAUGACAAGCAGACCAUCUUGGACGCCGUCAAGGAGACUAUCGACUGGCUCGAGGACAAUGCCGCCACUGCCACCGCCGAGGACUUCGAGGAGCAGAAGGAGCAGCUCUCUAGCGUCGCCUACCCCAUCACCAGCAAGCUGUAUGGCUCUGGUGCUCCUACUGAGGACGAUGAGCCGAUGGACCACGACGAACUGUAA